AUGGACGGUGGUUUGGCUUUACCGACCAACAUUCUGGGUUUAGUCUACGUUGUAGCAUCAUAUCAACCAUGCGAGAAUGGUAAAGCGAAUAUCGCCGUAAUAUCAACACAAAACAACAACAACAUUAUUAUUUUUGCCAACAAGAAUGCUGUUAUAUACCAUCGCGAGAUCUUGUAUGAUGGCAAGUCAUCACAAAUAUAUAUAACUCAAGUCCUUCAAAAACUUGACGCUCUCUAUAUCUCUGCUUCUUCCGAUUUAUCUGGGACAGUUGUUAUUGCAAGUAAGCCGGUUACCGUUAUAUCCGGAGUAAGCUGUGCUCCUAUGCCAUUUGGCUGGUAUUCUUCCUUAGAAGCGACCCUGCUGCCUGUUUCAUUGUGGGGGAACGAAUACAUCUUGGCAACGGUAGGAAAUAUGGACAAAUCACAAGGGGACCAUUUUCGUAUUUUUGCCUUCGAAAAUAAUACUGUCGUGAAAAGUACACAUUGGACGAAGGUUUUGUCAACUGGGAUGUAUACAGAGUUGGUAUUAGGAACUAAUUUGACAUCAUUUAUUAGGUGCAGUAAGCCAUGUCAAGUUGUGCAAUAUAUCAUUGGUGAUAAAAUUUAUAGGAAAUAUGUGGAACCUUCAAUGAUUGUUGUACCAGCAGUAAGUCAGUUUCUUUCGUAUUACCACGUUUCUCUGCCUCAUGGUUCAGAAUUUCAUGAUGCAAUCACAGUGGUCAUAGAUGGUGAAUACAUCAAUGGUUUAUACAUGAAUGGAUUGAAACUGAACAGUUUACGCUGGGAGAGAGUGCGUGGAACAAAAUAUGUUUGGACGGUGAUUAGUUUAUCGGAUCCAACGGAAGUUACAGUGUAUCACGCUUCUUCUUUGGUGAAAUUUGGUCUUAUUGUACUUGGGUGGAAUAACGUUGACUCUUUUGCAUACGCCGGUGGUUUUGACUUACAGAAAAAAACAGAUGAUGGUAUCAGCGCGUUACUAUCUUCUAUGUCGUAUAACAAGUCGAGGUUGCGGGGUAUGUAA